GAAGACCGCGUCUUUGGAUUCGUCAGUUCAACGACUCCAAGACGAAUCCAAAAACAACCAAACCUCUCUCGCUUUUCUCUCCUCCUUCUCAAUUCUUCCAUUUUUAGGGUUUCCAAUUUCGAAUUCCGAUUCCGAUUUCGAUUUCGAUUUCUCUCUCUCUAUCUCUAGGGUCUCUGAUUUCGAUCAACCAUGGCGGGCAACAGGGAGAGCAAUGUCCAGGAGGAAUCGAGCCCUCUUCUGAGCCAGCAAUUCCAGGAGCCUGAGAAGCCGUCCAAGGCCGCGCCGGCGGCUCAGACCGACGAGAAGCCUCCCGUUCAGAUGGGGCAGGUCAACGGCGGCGGUAAUGGAUGCGGGUGGACCGCCGAUGGGCUGCCGUUGACUCACGGCAGCGUGGUGGCCGGUGAGCCCAUGGGCCGGAGCCAGUGGGACUCGGACCUUCUUGCCUGUCUUGGCCGCAACGAUGAGUUCUGUAGCAGCGAUCUUGAAGUUUGCCUUCUUGGAAGUGUGGCUCCUUGUGUGCUGUAUGGAACCAAUGCCGAGAGACUUUCUUCUUCUACGGGGAGCUCGUUUGCAUCUCACUGUUUGACUUACUCUGGUCUAUAUUUAAUUGGAAAUGCCUUCUUUGGUUGGAACUGCCUGGCACCAUGGUUUGCAGCUCGUAACCGUACUGCUAUGCGCCACAAGUUCAACCUCCAGGGUGGCUGUGAAGCAUUUCAAAGCUCUUGUGGGUGCUGCGGAUCAAUGGGAGAUGAGGAUCAGGAACAGUGUGAGGCCUUCUGUGAUGUUGGGACUCAUUUGUUCUGCCAUUCAUGUGCCCUUUGCCAGGAAGGUCGUGAGGUCCGUCGCAGGUUGCCUCAUCCCGGUUUUAAUGCUCAACCCGUUCUGGUUAUGAUUCCUCCUGGAGAGCAAGGCAUGGGCCGUGAAGCUUGAGAGUGCCUUCCCAGGCAUGAGACCCCCCCACUGUAUAUCUAAGUGUGCUUUAAAAUCUAGAACUAUGUUGACAGUGCAUCCAGUCCUCUGAACUGCAUCUUUUUACUUGGUUUUUCCCAAUCGAGUAUAAAUAAUAUGAAGAUGAAAGCAUAGACGUUUGUGUGGUGUGCUAUAUUUACAUGUAGUAUUUAAUAUCUGUGAAAUGUUAUUGAAAGUGGAGAACCUCAGUUGGCUGCCUGGCUGUGAAUUUGUUUACUCAACAAAUACUUAUUUUCCCAUUGCCCCUUUCAAUAAGAUAUACGUAUUGUUACAUUAAAUAAUCA